AUGCCCGAUUGGCUCGUGCAAAUUCCCGACAACCGGGAUCAUAACGGCGACCCUGGCGGUGAGAUCGUGCUCCAAGCUCGCCGCGACAACCUCCCGGCACACGCAGCGCACAACAAGAAGCAUAUUGAGGCUGGCCAUGUGGUUGUCUCAGGCCCUUUGCUCGCAUCACAUGAUGAUGAACCCCUACGCCCUGUCGGCAGUGCCAUGGUCUGGAAGGCCGACAGUGAGAGCCAAGUACGAGCGUGGUUGGAAGAGGACCCCUAUGCGAAGUCGGGCAUCUGGAAUUUGGCGAUGGCUACGGUGACACCUUACCUUUGUGCGGUGAGGGUGCCGAUGUGA